AUGCCGUUGCUCGGGAAGAGGCCCUUCGAGCCCCAUCCGCUCUCUCUGCGCGACCUCACGCACACUGACGAAGUGUGGGUCAUCCGAUUCACUGAUGAGGCCUUCCGUACCUACGAGGAGUACAUAGAGCGGUGGGAGCACUACCGGCAGCGGGUGUGGACCUGCCGCUACACCGGGCGCACGGGCCUCACCUACGAGGAGGCGCUGGUCUCGGAGGCCGACGCCACCCACCUCUCCCUGCAGCUCCCCGAGGAGCAGCUCACCGAGAUGGCCCUCCUCAUGCACAAGUUCGUGGGCGGCCUCGAGGCCCUCGUCGAGCACGUGCAGAAGCACUUCCGCGACACCGCCAAGAGCGGCAAGACCACCACGCCCACCAAGGCCAUCAUCAAACAGGUGGUCAGGGUCGUGGCCUACAAGGAUCCGUACAAGGGCGCACCGUGGAUGCUGAAAGAGGAUUUUUGUCGGAAGCACAACCUUACCGUGUCGCGCGAGUUGCCGGCGGCGCUGAUGGAGGCCAAAGAGCGCUACGCGGAGCGGCACAAGCUGGAGCGGGACACCGACGGCGCGGCCGAGGACUCGGGCGACGAGGACAAGGACUCGGGCGAGCCCUCGCCCGCUAAGCGGAGCCGCGUGCGGGAGGGUCCCAAGGACGACCUCGAGCUCGAGGGGGCCGACGCCCAGCCGCCGGAGCCCUGCAGCGACUUCACCAUCGAGCCGCGCUACGUAGGCGACAUGCUCAUGGCCUUCAACUUCCUGGUCAGCUAUCGACAAAAGCUUGGAAUUCAACGCACGUUCACGUUGGGGGACUUUGAGAGCGCGUUGAUUGACGAGUACCCGGCCGAUUUCGUGGAGGAGGCCAUCGUGCGCCUCCUCAAGGCGGUCUACCACAAUGACCCCACUGCCAGCCGCGUGAGCACCAACACCUACGAUGUGGCGCUCUGGAAGUGGCUCAAGGCGUCGAAGGCGCUCGACCCGACGGCGGUGCACCUGCCCGGGGUGAAGCUGCGCGCCAUGAAGGACGAGUCCUUCCACACACAAUCGGCCCACGUGAAGAUCGCCAUCCUCGCCCUCCUCGUGCGAGCGUGCCUCGACUCUGCCGCCAUCAGGCAACACCUGGACGAGAGCUACGAGACCUCGCUGGAGCUGCAGAAGGAGGAGAAGGAACACGAGGAAGAGGAGAAGCAACGCGAGAGGGUCACUGCGGCCUUUGAGCGGAAGAAGAAGCAAACGGAGCUGAAUUUGGAGAAGAUGGUGGCCAAGCUUCGGGCAGUGCCGUUGGGCUUCGACCGGAAUCACCGCCGCUACUGGUUCUGGCCUGCUGCAGGGCCGCGCCUGUGGGUUGAGACGCCGCCCGCCUCGUUCUACGACUCGCUCGGCAUUCGCCGCCCGCCUUCGCUGCAGGCCGACGAAAAGCCGGCGGACGAGCACAAGGGCGAGGAGGACAAGUCGGACCGUCAAAACGGCGACGAAGAAAAGGAGAGCAAGAAGAACGAAGAGAAGAAGAAAGACGAAGAGGAGGAGGAGGCCAAGAAAGAAAAGAGCGAGAAAAAGAAGCAAAAGAAAGAGAAGAAGGAGGAGAAUGGCAAGGCCGACCACAUGGAUGAGGAGGAAAAGGAGGAAGAGGAAGAGAAGGAAGAAGAGGAGGAAGAAGAAGAGGAAGAAGAAGAGGAAAUCGAGCAGGAAAACGAUGGCGUUGCAAUCUCGUCGUGGGCCUACUAUGACACCAUUGAGCAGGUGGAUGAGUUGAUUGAGUUCCUGAACGAGGAGGGACCGCGCGAGAAGGAGCUGAAGGCCAGCCUCGAACGGAAGUACCAGAAGAUUCUGGACGCCAUGAACCGAACCUUCCACUCGACCCGCGCCCAGAGGCGCGCUGUGAUGGUGCCGCAGUACGACCUGCCCGUGCGCCGCUCGUCCCGCAUCGCUGCCGUGGCGCGCCCGCGCCGCUGA